UCUGACACUAUAAAAACCUGUUUUCGCUUUACAUUCUCGAUCUUUUCAGAAACUCAGAAUUCUACAAGAAUCAUCCCCUCUGUUUUUUCUCUCUAGCCCUAAAAUCAUCAGCCAUGGUGAUGAUUGAUGACUAUGAUUAUGGCUCCAUAGAUUUUGUAUUUACUGUUCACGACAAAGGAGACGAUGAGCAGCAGAAACAGUCGCACCAUCUAUGUUGGCAAUCUUCCUGGAGAUAUUCGUUUGAGAGAAGUAGAAGAUCUGUUUUACAAGUAUGGACCCAUUGUGGACAUUGACUUGAAGAUUCCACCACGGCCACCGGGCUAUGCUUUUGUUGAGUUUGAAGAUGUUCGUGAUGCUGAAGAUGCAAUUUACGGCCGAGACGGGUAUAAGUUUGACGGAUGUCGAUUGCGGGUGGAAUUUGCACAUGGUGGAAGGGGACAUUCCUCUUCCGUGGAUCGUUAUAGUCGUAGUGGGAGUAGUCGUGGUGGUGUUUCUCGACGGACCGACUAUCGUGUUUUGGUUACUGGAUUACCUUCUUCUGCUUCAUGGCAAGACCUGAAGGAUCACAUGCGUCGUGCUGGUGAUGUCUGCUUCUCUGAAGUUUUCCGUGAUCGUGGUGGGAUGGCAGGAAUAGUUGAUUAUACAAACUAUGAUGACAUGAAAUAUGCUAUAAGAAAACUUGAUGAUUCUGAAUUUCGAAAUGCCUUUUCUCGAGCAUAUGUACGGGUGAAGGAAUAUGACUCUAGACGCAGCUACUCCAGGAGCCCAUCUCGAGAUUCUAGACGGAGUGAGUAUUCUAGAAGUCCUAGUCGUAGUCCUUAUAGGGAAAGAGGCUGGAACCGAAGCAGAGGCAGAAUUCGAAGUCGAAGUCUUAUUCGUAGCCGUAGCCAUAGCCGUAGCCAUAGUGGCAGGAGCACUAGCCUAUCUCCAAGGCACAAGCACUCUCGUCGGUCACGAUCAAUUUCUGAACAAUCCCUAUCAAGGUCUAGGUCAAGGUCAUGGUCGAGAUCAAGAUCACGAUCACCCGUUUCAUCUCGUCAUCGUGAAAGUAAACCUCGGAGUCGGAGCAGAUCUCGGUCCAAGUCCAGAAGCAUGUCCAGAUCCCUUUCACCGAAUGUGAGAUCUGAUCGAAGCCGAAGCCGAUCUGUUGAUUCCAGGGACAAAUAUUCAGAAUAGGACAGUGUUGUCGAAUGUUGAUGGCUCUCAGAUGGAACAGUAAAAGCGUAGGAAAAAAAGUAGGCUAUGGUAUAAUUUGGAGGGCUGGCUUUUACUGUAUAAUGUGUUACGGGUGACUUGUAUUAACCCAACCCAUGUUUCACUGUAUUGUAUGUUGACACAUAACUUCGGUUGUUUCACUCGAACUUUUUCUGUUCUCUUUUGAAUGAAUUUGAUAAUUAAUUGUCAUAA